GUCAGUGGAGGUCAAGGUGGACCAUACCAUCCAGACAUCACAGCUCUGAACCACAAAUGACUGGACAGUGCGCAAGCUAUCAAAACAAACAGAAGUAGUGCAGGGUUUAAAGCAGUUCCAUACUGAUGUCAGCACAUGUGAUGUUAUACUGGUGGCUGAGCAUGCCACCUUCCCCACACAUCGGGCAGUUCUGUCUGCCUGUAGUGACUACUUCAGGGCCAUGUUCACAGUUGGGAUGCGUGAGUGCGAAGAAAAGAAGGUGACCUUACAUGGCCUGACAUCUGUAGGUGUAGGUGCUGUGGUGCACUACAUGUACACUGGGGAGCUCCAGCUGUCUGCUGCAUCACUCCAGUCUGUACUGGAGGCUGCUAAUGCCCUACUCAUCAAUGAUGUUCUAGACAUGUGUUUGGACUAUCUGCUGGAGACCAUGUCAGUGGACUCCUGUCUAACAAGACUUCACCAGGCAGACUGCUACAGCCUAGACAGACUAGAGGCAGCUGCAGAUGACUUCAUCUUAGCACACAUAACUCAAGUGGCCAAACUGCCCCAGUUUCAGGACCUUGUGUGUGAUAAACUAUGUGAAUAUCUGGACAGUGACCAGUUGGGUGUUUCCAAUGAGCUGGAGGCCUUCCGUGUGGCACUUUCCUGGCUCAAUCAUGACUUUACAGCAAGGCGGCAGUUUGCUGGCCGUGUGAUGAGCCACAUCCGUUUCCCACUGCUGUCCAUAGAAGAGCUGGUACGACACGUGCGCACGGUGGACUUCAUGCGGAGGGACGAGGAAUGUCGUGCUCUGGUCAUGGAGGCAACGCGGUAUCAGAAGUGUCCUACCCAGCAGAUCCUACUGCAGACCCGUCGUACCCAGGUCCGCUCAGCCAACAAAGUGCUGGUGGUGGUGGGAGGGUCCACUGUGGAGGGGCAGGCUGAUGAGAGUAGGGAGGUAAAACAUGUUUGA